GAUAUCGGUAGUUAGAAAAUUACUUUUAAAAGAGAGUGUAUAAGAAAGAUCUGUCUGUAUAAAGUGAUUAAUUAACAAAAAUAAUUAAACAAUUGAAAAUUUAAAUUGAAAUUUAAAUUUAUUUUAAUUUGUUUAAUUUAAAAUUAAGAUAAAAAACUUUCAUGUCCAGGCUUUAAUUACAGCUCAUCCACGUGUUUGCUACUGACGUUUGCUAUAAAAUGCCUGCGACUAAACUACGUCAACGUCCUGGCCACUAUUUAUGUGGUUUAGCCAAUUGGCAUCCAGCCUGGAUGCAACGUUAUGCCAACACAAAAAUGUUUAUGGCCGUCUAUGGUUUGUUGGGCACCAUACAGGCCAUGUCGUACAUGUAUUUUAUAGUCACGUUAACGACCAUUGAGAAAAGAUUUAAAAUACCCAGUCAAACAACAGGUAUUAUCCUUAGUGGCAAUGAAAUAUCACAAAUUCUCUUAUCCCUAAUACUAUCGUAUAUUGGUGGCCAAAGAAAUCGUCCACGCUGGAUUGCCUGGGGUAUUGUAUUUUGCGGCUUAUCCUGUUUCAUAUUGGCUCUGCCACACUUUAUCUAUGGAGCAGGGCAAGAUGCCUUGGAAUUGACUAAGGAAUAUUAUGAAAGUGCGGUUGGAGAUAAUGUGACAACUACCAUAUCAUUGGUUAAUUCGACCAUUAAAAAUUCUCAGCAAUUGUGUGGCGCUUUGAAACUUAAUCAGGAAUGUGAGUCGUUAUUAUCGGUGGUGCCUCUAGUCUUGAUAUUUCUCUCUCAAUUUGUUCUCGGUGUGGGUAAUACUCUAUACUAUUCGCUGGGCCAAACAUAUCUAGAUGAUAAUACAAAGAAAACAAAUACACCUCUAAUGCUGGCGGUAGCCAUGUCGCUAAGAAUGAUUGGUCCCAUUGUGGGAUUUUUCAUAGGUUACUUGUCCUUAAAUAUGUUUAUUGAUCCCAGCAAAACACCUUUGAUUGACAACAAGGAUCCCAGAUGGUUGGGCGCCUGGUGGUUUGGUUGGAUGAUUUUGGGCACUUUAAUGGUAUUAUUUUCGGGUUUAAUUGGUCUUUUUCCCAAAGAAUUGCCUAAAAAAAAUAAACAUUUGUAUAACUCCCAUAUGCCUCAAGUAUUGAGACUUGAAGAAUUGCAAAUGGACGAAGGUCUACCAUUAGGUAGAGGUUUCUCUUCUAAUGCCACAUUAGAUACACCAACAGCGGGUACUUCUGAUUUUCCCACAUUGAAAGACUUCCCCAAAGCUCUUAUGCGCUUGCUGCGCAACAAACUUCUAAUCUACAACAUCAUCUCCGGAGUUUUCUAUAUUCUGGGUGCCGCUGGUUACAUGACAUUCUUAACCAAAUAUAUGGAAGUUCAGUUCCAUAAAACUGCUCAAAGUGCCACAAUUAUUGUGGGUCCUGUAUCAAUUAUUGGCAUGGUUAUUGGUUUAAUUGGUUCGGGUUUAAUUAUAUCAAAGAAGAAACCCUCACCCAGUAAGGUUUUAAUGUGGAAUGUUAUAGUGGGUUUCGUUUAUAUAUUGGGUCAAAUAUCGUAUAUGUUUAUGUACUGUAAUGACACGGUAUCGGUGGAUCAAGUUGGUGGCAAAUUAAAUCUUACUGCUACUUGUAAUGCCAAUUGUGCUUGCAAUGAUGUGCCAUAUUCUCCUGUUUGUCAUGAGGCAACAGAGAUCACAUAUUUCUCACCCUGUCAUGCAGGAUGUCUUAAGUGGAAUGCGGAUCUUAAGUACUACUCAAACUGUUCCUGUUUAUACACAAAUCUGAUUACUUCCACCACAGAGCUACCCUUUACAACAGAAUCAAGUAUUUUUUCAACAUUCUCUACAGCAGGAGGCUCCAUGCUGCCGAAAUUAUUAGAACCAUUAUUGACCACUACAACGCUAAUGCCCACAACAACCACACUAAGACCAUCCACUACCAGCUCCAUAGCCAGUACGACUGAAAGUCUGUUAGACUACUCCUCAACUCAAGACAGUUAUGACACCACUUUCUACAAUGUAGUCACAGAGGAAGGCAUAAUUUCCAGAGCCCGACGUUCUUUGGAUGAUGUAGCAAAUGUUCUUAAACCAGGCGUUUGUUUAAAAGGUUGCAACGUUGCCUUCUGGACUUUCUCCGUGGCCUCCAUGAUAGUUAAUUGGUUUGGCUCUUCUGGUCGCAUUGGUAAUUUAUUGGUGAACUAUAGAUCUGUCUCCACAGAGGAUAAAUCCUUUGCUCAGGGUUUAUCGCUUAUGAUGGUGAGUCUGUUGGCUCUUAUACCGGGUCCCAUUAUAUUUGGGCGCAUUAUCGAUUCGACUUGCUUGAAGUGGACGAGAACAUGUAAUGGCAAUGGUAAUUGUCAAAUAUAUGAUCAAACAGCCUUUAGAUAUUUGGUCAAUACUGUGGCAUUUUCUUUAACCGCCAUAGGCGUAGUAUUCGAUAUUCUAGUUUGGUAUCAUGGCCGCCAUUUAGAUUUAUAUGGCGAAAAGGAGGCUCAACGUUUACAGGAAAGGGAGCGUAGAAAUAAGCCCAUAACACCAUUAUUAGCCAAAAAAUAAUAUGAAUUUUGUUUGUUUAAGUAUUAAGUAAAACGAAUUUUAUACAUUUAUUUAGUCCUAUGAACUAUACAAUUAACACACAUUGUCAUUUUGUAUAUUAAUAAAUACUCUGGGCAACAUGUUGCUAAUAACAUUGGGAUGUUAGCAACAUUUUUUUGCUUUUGUUGAGCAGAGUAUUUUGCUUUUUUGUAUAUUUUCAAGUUUUUUUUUUGUUUUCAUUAAUGUUUAUUUAUUUUAAUUAAUAAAUAUAAAUUAAGGACUUUUUAGUUCAAUUUAAAAUAUGUAACCUAAAA